AUGAGCGGCGUAGGUGGGCACGGCGGGCGCGCUGCCUCUUCAGAGGCCUCCUAUAACCUCAACGACCACUUUGGCGAUCUGGACGUCUCGUCGGAGUAUGGAGGAGCCGCUCCGUCAGACUACUCCGACUCCACCUCCACCACUGGAGGUCGACCGGCUUUUCGAAACUCGGAGUCGGUCGCAGAUUCGGACUUUGACAUUUCCAGCCUGAGCAUCACCGAUGCUGAUCUUGAUGGAAGUGGGCCUUUGAAGGCGAAAGAUCCGCUCAAGGAUGCAGGCUUCGCGCUGGAUGCAGCAGACGACGAUGAUGGACAGCAAGAGGAGGAACUGCCUCCGCAUGCUUGUGUGUACUGCGGCAUACACAGCCCAAGCUCCGUCGUAAAAUGUCUCGUAUGCAACAAGUGGUAAGUGUGGCUCGCAGUCCAUGAGUCGCGCAAAGCGCAAAGUCCAGAGGCUCAAACCCGCCCAGAGCCUUGUGCUGAUCACGCCGCUUCACCAGGUUCUGCAACGCUCGAGGCAUGACUUCAUCAUCCCACAUCGUCACGCACCUCGUGCGUGCGAAGCACAAGGAAGUCUGCUUGCAUGCUGAAUCGCAACUGGGAGAGACUACGCCUGAAUGCUACAAUUGCGGAACCAAAAAUGUCUUCUUGCUAGGCUUCAUUCCGGCGAAAAGCGAGACUGUGGUCGUUCUCCUCUGCAGGUGAGCAUGCGUCGCCUCAUCUAGUUGUGGUGACCCGCGCUGACGCCACGCGAGGUGAUGCAACAGACAACCAUGCGCUGCCAUGCCGGCGUCGAAGGACGUGGUGUGGGACGCAACGCAGUGGGCUCCUCUCAUUGAUGAUCGUUCGUUUCUCAGCUGGCUCGUCAAGGUCCCAUCGGAGGCCGAGCAGCUCAGAGCAAGACCUGUGACAUUUAGACAGAUGAACCGUCUGGAGGAACUCUGGAAGGAGAAUGAGAGGGCAACAGUGGAAGACGUAGAUCGACCAGGAGUUGACGAAGAGCCACCAGGCGUUUUGCUGAGAUACGAAGAUGCGUAUCAGUAUCAAAACAUCUUUGGCCCUCUGGUCAAAAUCGAGGCAGAUUUCGAUCGCAAGCUCAAGGAGAGUCAGACCCAAAACGACCUAGUCGUGCGUUGGGAUCAAGGUCUUAACACGAAGAAGAUUGCGUGGAUGAAUUUGCCUCGCUUGGAGAGCGGUGAGGUGAAACUCGCGGUGGGGGAUGAGUUGAAACUUAGGUACGCCGGCGAGCUCGCAGCACACUGGGAGGGCGUCGGCCACGUCAUCAAGGUACCAAACAGUGAGUCCUCUCGACACCAUGAGCAAUGCAGCGCAAAGAUCGUUCCGGACUGACGUCAAAUCUACUCCUCAAUCUAGAUCUCUCCGACGAAGUGGCCAUUGAGCUGCGUCGUAACGACGGCGUUCCGGAUUGGUGCACGCACAAUUUCAGUGCCGAUUUUGUCUGGAAGAGCACUAGCUUUGACCGCAUGCAGACCGCGAUGAAGACUUUUGCGGUCGACGAGCAGAGCGUUAGCGGUUACAUCUACCACAAGCUGCUCGGACAUGAGAUUGAGCCUGUCACUCUCCGCACGACGAUGCCUAAGCGGUUCAGUGCACCUGGUCUUCCCGAACUCAACCACAGCCAGGUUGGAGCAGUCAAGGCGGUCUUGCAGAAGCCUCUGAGUCUCAUUCAAGGACCCCCAGGAACCGGAAAGACGGUUACCUCUGCUACCAUCGUCUAUCAGCUGAGCAAGAUGAAUCCUGGUCCAGUGCUCGUUUGUGCUCCCUCAAACGUAGCUGUCGAUCAAUUGACAGAGAAGAUCCACGCCACGGGUCUCAAGGUCGUUCGGCUGACUGCCAAGAGUCGAGAAGCCAUCGAGAGCCACAUCAGCUUCUUGACACUGCACGAACAAGUGGCAAACAACGACACGCACACCGAGCUUCAGAAGCUGAUCCAACUGAAGGGUGACCAAGGAGAGCUGAGCAGCAGCGACGAGCGCAAGUACAAGGCUCUCACGCGCGCUUGCGAGAAGGAGAUCCUAAACACGGCCGACGUCAUUUGCUGCACCUGUGUUGGUGUUGGCGAUCCUCGCCUUAGCAAGCUCAAAUUCAGGACUGUCCUCAUCGACGAGGCUACUCAGGCUGCGGAGCCAGAGUGCAUGAUUCCCCUCGUCUUUGGUUGCAAGCAAGUCGUCUUUGUCGGUGAUCAUCUCCAGCUUGGCCCAGUGAUCAUGAACAAGAAGGCGGCACGAGCAGGUCUUUCUCAAAGUCUUUUCGAGCGUCUCAUCGUUCUGGGCAAUCGACCCAUUCGUCUCGAGGUGCAGUACCGCAUGCACCCGUGCUUGGCCGACUUUCCAUCCAACAUGUUCUACGAGGGCACCCUGCAGAAUGGCGUCACUGCGCCCGAACGUCUGCGAAAACAUGUCGACUUUCCCUGGCCCGUCCCUAGCCUGCCGAUGUUCUUCUACCAAAAUCUUGGCCAGGAAGAGAUUUCGAGCAGUGGUACAUCGUUCCUCAACCGUACGGAGGCAUCCAACGUGGAAAAGAUCAUCACAGCUUUCUUCAAGGCUGGCGUCACUCCUGGUCAAAUUGGUGUCGUCACGCCGUACGAAGGACAGCGCAGCUACAUUGUCAACCACAUGCAAUUUCACGGCCGCCUGCGCAAAGACUUCUACAAGGAAGUCGAGGUCGCCAGCGUCGAUGCUUUCCAAGGGCGAGAGAAAGAUUACAUCAUUCUCAGCUGCGUCAGAUCCAACGAGCACCAAGGCAUUGGGUUCCUGAGCGAUCCUCGCCGUCUCAACGUUGCCCUCACGCGUGCGCGUUACGGUCUUGUCAUCCUGGGAAAUCCCAAAGUUCUGAGCAAGCACCCGCUCUGGCACUAUCUGCUCGUGCAUUAUAAGGAGAAGGCCACUCUGGUCGAAGGCGCACUGUCGAACUUGCAUCCGUCUAUGAUUCAAUUCAGCAAGCCGCGUCGCCCUCUGCAAAAACCAGGCGAUCUUUCGGCACGUCAUCAUCUCGACGCGGACGGUGUUGUCGCUGGGCCAAACAGCUCCUAUGGCGCUGCGAAUAAGUCUGCAGGUCAUGAUGGAAAUGGUGCGGGCUUGUCCACGCCUAGUGGACCGGAUCCGAACUUCUUCAGGCAUGAUCGCGUCUCUUACAUUCCCAGCGAUGCACAAAGCAUUGCAAGUCUGGGCACCCAAGCCACGUAUCCCUCCUCGCGCCUGCCUCCAUUCGCAUCAGCAGCUAGCUCCAUCAGCGGCAGCUCUCACCUGAACGGCGGGGGUCACGGAGGACUGGCGUCUAGCUACGCUAGCAGCAUCAUCAGUCAAGAUGUAGAUGCGGAGAGCAUUGCAGGAAGCAGCGUCGCUCCUCCGCCCAGCAUCACGUACAAUCAGAACGAUCGACUUCGUAGGCGACUCAGUAUUACGAGUAGCCAGGGAGGGGCGAGCGACAUUGCCGCAUUGGACGGCUACAAGGGUCAAGCGCUCGUCGGCGAUCGUGACGAUGCGGACGAUACUCUGAGCAACUACUCUGCUCCGAUUUCUCAAGCAAGCUUUACGACUUUCUGA